UGUCAACAUAACAAGAAAGUACUGUUUCUAUUUCCAAAUCUGUAACUAAGUAGCCUAGUGAUUUCUAUUUUUAUGCUAUAAAUAAUGGAUAAUUUUCUAUUUUUCUGCUUGAUUUUCCGUGUUCAGAAUAUGUGACACAAGUGAGUGAAAGGUAAACGUUUCCUAGUUCUCAUGUGCACUAGUUAAAUUAGGUGAAUAAUGUAACAUAGCUGCACUGAGGUUAGAGAGCUUCGCUUAUAUUUUAGUUGUGUAAUUAGCAAGAUGCAGUAUUAAAACUAAUUAAAUAUUGUCAAAAAUCUAUAUUGUGCUGUGAUUUUGAAUAACUACGGCUGUCACGAUGAAAUGGAGAGGAAUCGCGUUGAAGAUAUCAAGAAGAAAUUCGAAGGAUUGAAUCAAACGCCGAUAAGGAAUGUGAAUGUUUUGGGACAGAGACACAACUCGGUUUCAAAACAAUUUGUUGAAGGGAAUCAGUUUGAAAAACUGUCUUCAAAUACAAAUAAAGGUAAUAUCAAACGAUCGCAUGCUUUCCGGUCUGAAAAGUUAUCAAGGCCGCCAACAUUUGAAUCUAAAGUUUUCAGCCCUAAAACUGUGUUCCCAACCCCAAAAAAGGAACUUGUGAGAAGUUUGCCUUCUUCAAGUUCAAAAACGCUAGACUCUAAAGAACCUGAUCGUUUGGGAUUUCUAGACCCGACCAAAGAAAAUGUAGGUUUAGAUAGUAAAACAUUACCAAAUAAAUCUCCAGAGUGUUCGUACAGUGUUGUUUUGAAGAAUAAUAAGUCUCCAUCAGACACUGUUAAAAAUAAAGUUGACGCCUCACCGCCAAAAGCAACUUAUUCUCCUGUCUUCAAGCCAUCAUCGAUAAGAAACAAACAACCAGGAAAUCGACCAAGUAUAGAGUUGAAAAAGGAAAAUUUAGAUACAUUUUUAGGGAUUGCCGACAAAAAUUCAAGGAAUCAAACAGAACAGAAAAAGUCGCCAAUCAAAAGGAAUAUUGUAAAAAAUAAUAUAGAGAGAAUUGAGUUGGAAGAUGAAAAUAAUAGAAUAAAUAAUAAUGUUACACCGAAAGUAAAUAAUUCCACAAACUCUCAGCUUCAGUCACUACUGAACGCUCCGUUACCCCCUGGGCCACCACCAAAGAAACCUCCUAGAACUUUCGCUCAUGAUCUAAGAAAGAAUUUCGACUCCAAAAAUGCCAUCGACCUUGCAAAUAGUCACUCAAAGCACAACCCGGAAGUUAAGCCUGUACGCUCCAAGACUGAAUCACAGAUUAUGUUGAAGAAGUUGGAAAACUAUCUUCUAGCACAAGAGAAGAAAGUUGUUGAGAAUAGUAGGGAGCAAAACGAGACGCCAUUGAAACCACCUAGGGACCACCUCAGGUCUCAAAAACUUCAAGACUGUAGAAAGACACCUAAUCUCAACAGGUGUUUGCCAUCAACGCCAGACAAUAACAAAUGUGCCAAACCAAGCGACACGCACAAUGAUCUUAAAUUUUGUUUUAAUAUUUUAAACUGUACAAAACCUCCCGUUUACGAUGGUUUAGUGACUAAACGGUCCAACUUUUUUAUUUCGCCGCCAAGUUCAGCCAGUAAACUGAUAGAAGUGAGAGCCAAACCUUACGGACAAUUGAACAGAAGAUCGGCCAGUGAAGAACAUGUGUAUGCCGAACCACUCCAGAACGAAAACAGAUCAGCUGAUUGUUCCAAAGACGAAUGUGCACGUUUAGCACGCAGACACGAAUCACUUCCUGAAAGUAGCACUCUAGAAGAAGCUAACAAAAGAAGUGAAUAUGGCCUUCACUACAUGAGCACACCUAUCGACUCAUCUCUUCUCGACUCUUCUGCCUCUAAAGCCGAAAUCAAGUUUCUAGCCUCGAAUGAAAGACUGAAUGAAGCCGUGAAUUUUCGGCUGAAUUUGUUGAAUAACUUCAGUACUGGUAACAAACUACCGCUCAGUACAUUCGGUAUGAGUGCUAAAAACGCCAAUUCCACGCCUGCAGAAUGCGAGGGCAUUGAUAAGAAGAGUAUUCAAUUCAUUUUGAACGAAGUUUACAAUAAUCAUCGAGGCAAGCAGGCAGCGGGAGAUGGCAGUGAUUCUGACUCAGUCGUUUCAACACCUGAGGAUCCCACGGCUCCUCAAACCACUGGAAAUUCCAAACAAAAAAAUGACAUGCUAUCGCACAAGGACCGUGAACAGUUGACGGCCGAACGCAAGGGCUACGUGCGACGCGUGUCGAGUCGCAUGACGUCGGUGCACCGGUCACACAACCAGUCACCCGACCAGUUUCCGCACCUGUUCGAGUGUCUCCUAUUGGUCGGUCUCGACCUCGACCCCGCCCGCUGCAAGGUGCCCUACAUCAAGAGUCGCUACCCCGAGAAUGCAAUAGCACCACGCAUAGAAGAACUGUGCUUCCCAGACGCCCAGGACUGGCCUCCCUCAGCCGGCAGUGGACAGAGCUACGCACAGGUGCUGACAGAUGCAGACGGCCGACGUCGAUACGGCUACUGUCGCCGUGUGCAGCCUGAAGGCGCCGCCGUAUGUCUGCCACUCGCCUACUGUGUCGUCACACCAUUCAAGGCCAACUCGCUCUACAACAAGGUACUAAUGGAACUGGAAUCGAAGCACGGACUUUCUGAGACAAAAAUGAAUCAGUUCAUUGAUCAACUUUACCAAAGUCCAUUUCCGGCUCCGGGCCACAGUCUGUACAUCAAUGAUGGAUCAAAUGGUGAAAGAAUAGAGAUAUUUCCCAGACCGUUGGAUAUUCGACAAGAGGAUAAUGAUCUAUCUGAACUGUUAGGCAAAAUCAAGAUAUCAGUCUUCCUGCAAAUAUUUGCUACCUUGUUACAUGAGAGGAAAGUGAUUCUGCUCAGUGAAUCGAUAAGCAAGCUAUCGGUGUGUAUAGAAGGCCUCCAAUCGGCACUGUUUCCAUUCCAUUGGCAGCACACACUUGUACCUAUCCUGCCUUCUGUUUUGAUGGACGUCUGCCAUGCGCCAACUCCCUACCUGAUAGGUAUUAUCAAACCAAAGCUGAUGGACUUACCGCUCAACAACAUUGAUCUGGAUCUGGUAGUAGACGUGGAUGACGGCACGAUAGUACACAGCGUGGGCGACGAGGCGAUUAUUUUGCCGUCGCGGUUGUCGCGCGCGCUUCGGUCGGCGCUGAAUCUGUCGCUUGCCGCCAGCAAGGAGACGUGCAACCUGCUCGCCUCGGAGGCUCUCAUUCGGCUCUUCGUCGAACUGCUGGGCCACUAUCGCGAGUACAUCACUGUGUCGCCGUUGCAUAAGAAACGCGAGUUCCAGAGAGAUUUGUUCGUGAAGAGUAUCUCUUCUCGCAGUAUCCAACUAUUUCUGGAGUGGUUCACUGAGACAGCCAUGUUCAACGCAUUCAUCCAGUCGAGGCUGGAGAGAACGCCGGAAUCCAGAGGCCUUUUUGAACAGCGUUGUUCUGAGUAUGCUGAAGAGAACGAUCAUGGACGCCUAGUGAAAAACUACAAAGCGCUUAAUAAAACCGUCAAAAAUCUUGGUGAUCGUUUCAAAGACUGGGCGACGCUAUCCUAAACUUCCCUUAUAAAAUACCUAGUUUAUUAAUUUAGAUAAAUGAAGAAAGUAACUUAGCGACUAAGUACUAAGAUACUGUACUAGUUCUAAAUUAUUGUUUUUUUAACAGUAUUUGACCACAUUCCAGCUGAAAAGCUAAGGUAUAUUAAUAAAAAUAGCAGUAAAGUGCUUCUGAAAUAUUUAAAUUAUCAUUUAUAAAAUUAAUUCCAAAUUCAAUUUGGGUCCAGCCAUCAGGAAACGAUUCUCAGCAUAGUGAAUUGCACAUUCAGCUAUAUAUUUGUUUAGGGUUUAACUUCAAAGUUCAAACCAAGUUUAACUUUUCAAGUCAAUUAUAACAAAGUAAUAUUGUGCUAUCUAGUCCGUACUAAUACUUUAUAUUAAUAGUGUUUAUAUACUUGGUUAACAAUGAUUAUCAUAAAUCAACAAUUGAUCAGUUCAGUGUGUUUUGGAACUAUAUAUGAUUAUAUUUUGUUACUAUAUAUAACCAAGAACCUUACACUUAGUAUGUUUUGUAGUAUUUAGAAUCUAAAGUACAGUAACAGUACUAAUCAUCAAGAUCUUUUUCCAAUUAAGAAUUGUUUGGUUUUGAAUGUCUUUAAGGAUAAUAAUGUAUAGGUAUGCUUAAGUUUAUACAGUUCCAUAUUGAAAAGUGACAUCUAGAUUGAGUUAUUAAUGAUUAAGGUAACAAUGAAAUAUUAUUGUAGCUCAGAUUCAUAACAAACCCAACCGGGAGAGUGUUUCAUCAUUUUGAUUUCUGAUUCUCAUAGGGAUUUGUCUCUCGUAUUCAAAAUUACAUUGAUUUUCGUUUAUUUUUAAUCCAAAAACUCAAGUUUUUUAAAAAUUGAGUUAAAAAUAUGAAUUAAAAUUGAAUGUUUAAAAAAUUGAAUUAUAUCUUUUGAAAAUAUGGGUGUUUACAAUCUGAAUAUUUUAUUCAGAUCCUCAUUUUGCGGUAACUUAACCCAUCUAUUUUUCAAUCUUGUCGUUUCAAUCAUGUAAAAGUUCAUAAUAAUUAUUUAUUUUAUUGAAGAGAACUCAAUAAUUGAGAUUAUUGAUGUUCAAUUAAGAAUUCUAAGAAUUCAGUUAUUGAUCAGUAAUCGCAGAUUGAUUUGAAUUGACUCUGCAAAGUAACUCUAUGGUUAACUAAAAAUGAAUUGACUGGAACUGUGAGGUUUCGCCUUUAGAUGAGUAAAAAUAGUGAUGAG